AUGCAUCAACACGGAAAGCUCAGACGGGUGGUUAUUUUGUUCGCCUUCACUCUCAUCAUGACCAUGAUGUUGGUCAUGGGACAAGAAACAGCCAAGACCAAACUCUUCAAGAAUAUGAUUUCCCGAACUCAAAAUAAUCAAAAUUAUAAAGGAAGUACAAAAAUCGGAAGUGUUCAAGAUGGAGUUUGGACCAAUGUUUUCCAAUUAUUUGGAUUCCGUUCAGCAAAUAAUCAAACAGAUACUGAUAAUAAUCCAAAAUUUAUUUCAUUAUUCUAUGAUGGAAUUCAUCAGAGAAUGAGAAUGGAUGGAGCUGGUUUGGGAGGCCCUGCAGCUCAACUCUCUUCCACAUCAGUUUUGUUUGAAAUUUUGAGAUAUUAUAUGAAUGUUGUGAGUGUUGAUUUUUGUAUCUUUGAACAUUUGCAUCCUAAUUCUACUGCUUAUGGAGCUAGAGUUUUCCCAUUCAGUGGAAAGGGUACUGUGGCUGAAGGAGGAUUCACUGUUGCCAAAUAUUCUGGAGCUAAAUUGAUUCAAAGUAAUGCUAUUCUUGAACCAUCCAAUUUGAUUAAUGGAAUGCAAAAGAGAGUUUGUAAUGUCUAUAAUUUGGAUGGAAAGUCUGAUCUUGCUAUUGGUCUUGGAUUUUACUUGUUCAAUUAUCAAGGACCUACCUAUGUUGACAUGACUUAUUAUGAAGAUGCCAAGACAGGACAACCAGUAAGAUUUGAAAUGAAAGAUUUGGGAGGUUUUAAGGGAAUUACUUCUUGGGAUGUAUUGAAUUUCCAAUUCUUUAGUGAUAAGGAUGAUUCUGCUAAUGUAUUUUCCAAAGAUUUAUUCUACUGGAAUGCCAAACCAACUUGUCAUUAAUAAAAUAUAACCUGAAUUAUUUC